UAAUUAAAAUAGGUGAAUUAUUUAGUGUUGAUUGAUGUUUUGUGUCUUUAUCAUUUAGGCUCUUGAACAAGUGGCUUAAAUUGGAAUAAUAAGAAGAAGAUUGAAAGAAAUCUAGUGGUGCUUUGAUUUUGACAAGCACACCUAAUUAUGCUUUAUUUUUGGGUAUUUUGUUUAUUUACUAAUUCUAACCCAGGGCUUUUAAGCAUCUUAUGCAUGGCAUAUCUCAUUAGACCUAACUGUUUCAUAUAUAGGUUGACAUCAUAACCUUUGACAUCAUAACCUUUGCUUAGCCCUGGAUCAUUAAGCACAUCAUGUCUUUCAGCAUACUCUAAAACAUGCAUCAAGUUAGAUGUUGAUCAAAUAAAGUUUUUAGUGGCUAUAACAGAGUCCAUUGUGUUUCACUUGUACUGAGUUUAGUCACAUGCUUGUUUUUGGUCAAAGAGCCAAAUAGACCCUGUCUCUUUUAGAAGCUUUGAUUGGCUGUAUGAUGGGUAAUGGAGAUUCACAGCACUUAGUGGGUGGUACUACUGUAAAACAGUUGUUCUUAUUACAGAAUGUUGAAAGAGGGCUUAUUUUGGUAGUGAACAUUUGAUGUUUUGCUGGGAUGUAUUUUUUUUUUCUUCAUUAUCAAAAUUGAUCAAAAGGCAUUCUAAACAGUUAGAAUGGCCAUAUCAAAAUAGACUUUCCCUAACCCCUGGACUGCAUUAAAACCCUGGCUAUCUCUUUGUCCCUCUGUCUGUGUGGAUGCUGUUUGACCAACACACUAACUACAGCCUACUUGAUUUUUCUGGGUGUAUUCUCAAAACUUCCCGCUUGCCGUGCAUUCUGACAACUUCAGUCAUUGCUAACCAGUGUAUAAUAUCUUAUUGUUCUUUGUAUGGUGUUGGGCCAGUUAGAUGCUUUAGGGGUGUUAACCUUAUUUAGUACAGGACUCAUUUUCCUUUGGAGCUGGCUUGUGGUGUAACGAGAGAUGACGGGAAUCUUGUGGGGAUGGUUUGUAUUUCUCCUGUUCAGUGUGUUUAUGCGUGUUUGUCUCCUCCACUUGUUUUUGCAGUGAAAGACAUUAUUCCACUUGGGUCCCCUCGAAUUAAACAACCCCUGGCUCCCCCCUCCCUCCAGGAGGCCCCCAUCAAUACCUCUGAGCCUCUUGGAUGUAUGUCCGACCUCAACACCCACCCAUUUCCCAAACGGGCGCUGCCCAUGGACCAACUGAGAGCCAAGCCUAGCCCUGACCCAUCAGGGGUGCACAACAGAACCUCUGGAGGCGCCAGUGAUGCCAAGCCCAGUUCCCACCCUCACCACUCGUCAGGGGUGCACAACAGAACCUCUGGAGGCACCAGUGAUGCCAAGCCCAGCUCCCACCCUCCCCCUCCCCACAUAUCAGGGGUGCACAACAGAACCUCUGGAGGCGCCAGUGAUGCCAAGCCCAGUUCCCACCCUCACCACUCGUCAGGGGUGCACAACAGAACCUCUGGAGGCGCCAGUGAUGCCAAGCCCAGCUCCCACCCUCACCCUCCCCACACAUCAGGGGUGAACAACAGAACCUCUGGAGGCGCCAGUGAUGCCAAGCCCAGUUCCCACCCUCACCACUCGUCAGGGGUGCACAACAGAACCUCUGGAGGCACCAGUGAUGCCAAGCCCAGCUCCCACCCUCCCCCUCCCCACACAUCAGGGGUGCACAGGAGAGCCUCUGGAAGUGUGAGUGAUGCCAAGCCCAGACCCCAGCCUCCCCACUCGUCAGGGUUGGACCACAGAGCAUCUGGAGGUGUGAGUGAUAUCAAGUCCAGCACCCACCCUCCCCACCCAUCAGGGGUGCACAACAGAACCUCUGGAGGUGGGGCCAGGAGUGAUACUAAGCCCAGCCCCCGCCCUCCCCACUGGUCAGGGGUGCACCACACAACCUCUGGGGGUGGGGCCAGGAAGGAUGCCAAGCCCGGCCUGGCAAUCUUUACUAACACCCACAAUGGAAGGAUGCAGCCUUCCCACAAACCCCAGUCAUCCUCCCAGAGCCCUGUGUCCCCUAACUCCUGUAAGGCCCUGGCCUUUCGCCCAAGGGAUAGUGUGGAUUAUGGGGGGCUGCCAAAUGAACAGAUGAACAGGGACCUGAAGGUUGGGAGCCCAAAACCUCAGUUCAUUGGUUACCAACCCCGCAAGUUCUCCCCUCCCUCAACUCCUACCUCCACCAGGCCGGCGCAGAGCAGCCAUCCGCCACCCUCUAACAUGGACCCCCAUAGCCCUGGAAAGACGCCUGCAGAACACAGGCACUACUCCCAGAAGCUCUCCCAUUCUCUUCAUUCUACCUCUCAGCACAAAGCAGGGGGAAACGGGAAGGAAGCUAAUGAAGUUCCAAAUGAAAAGAGUCAUGGUUUCAUGGACCAAGGAGGACCCAAUCCUUCUAACAGGUGCUACACACCAGUUGGAAAAAGAUCAUUGUCUCUGAAGAAACGCAGACCCUCAGACUCCAGAAGAGAGGACACGGAUAAUAAAAGACUGCGUUCAGAGAUGUAUACCUCAAACACUGCUCUUAGCCAUACCAGUCACCCAACCUAUGGAACAGCUAGUUCUAAGAUGUCCCCUGACCCCAAAGUACCCUGCCUGAAGAGAGUCUUCAUGAAGGACAAUCUCAAGUCAAGUCCCACUCUGAGGCUGAUGGACCAUCGUAGCCUCACGACAGAGACCGAACCGAGGACUGUCUCUAACUUUCCACUCACCACAGCCAAGCCAGCCAGGCGGCUAUUUACCUGCGAGGGACAGGUGCCGUCCAGAAACCCUGUGGUGGUUAUUAGGAACCCCGAUCCCCGAUCUGGGAACUGCUGCAACCCAUCCAGACACACUGUCAAGAUGCCCGUCCAAUGCACAAGUAGAGGAGAGGGCAGACAGCAAGAGAGUAGAAGAGAAAAAUGUCAGCCCAACAAAGAAACACCCGGACCCAUAUCACGAUCCAAGAUCUUGGCCUCCAACGAGAUUCCGUCCUAUAGGGUGGCUGCAGCGGAACACCGUAAGCAACUACUGGACCCCAAAAUCAACUCUGUCGCUUUUGUGAGGCUGGAGUCGUGCCAGACUCAAUUGACUAAAUUAGAGACCGACUCCUGCAGAAAAGCAACUGCCUCUAGCGCUUCCUCACCCUCUGAGGAGAGGUCCCUUAAGGUGGAUGUAGCCUCAGGACUGACUGUUGCUCCUGCCAUUCCCAAGGUCAGACACGUUGUGGAAGAGUCAGGUAAGGCGGGGGCUGGACUCCAAUCUUCUGGCUUUGCAUCAGCAGGGUUUGGGUCUCAGAGGGAUGAGAACGCUAACGUCAACACGGAGCUCUCCGGCCAAACGGCCCCCCUUUCGGCCUCGGCAACGCCCUCAUCCAGGUUUAUGGGUGGGUUGUUCAGCAUGGAGACGCUAGUUCUCAACACCAGCCCCUGCACUCCCCACCGCUCUCCUUCUCCCGCCUCAGCCCUGGACCGAGAAGGGAAGGAUGAAGUAAGGAAAGAAGGGCAGCAGAAGCCCCGGAAGUGUUUAUCGUUCAUUGAAAAGGACCCUUUGGAUGUGGAACUGGGCCUAGACCUUGACCUGAGCCUGGGUCUAGAGUUUGAGCUCUCCCAGGAAAGCAGCAGCAGUGAGGAGGACCAGCUGCCGUCCCUGCAGCAGAUCCUGGACCGUACAGCCCGGCCCCCAGACACCCCGGUUAAAGGAACCUACCCUUCACCCAACACCCCUGUGGGGCCGCGACACCACAGCCAGCCGCCUGAGUCGUACAAAACCAAACCCACAAGUUACAAGAACAACCUGGAUGAGAUGCUGAAGGAAAACAAGAGCAUUCAAAGGUCUAAGGAUGUGCAGACCAAGCUACGUCUGGCCUGUGAGGAGAACCUGCUGAGACUGGCUGAGGAGGAAGAGGAGAAGAGCACAGAGGAGGCCAUCUCCCACGAACACAAGGAGUUCCUGCAGCGUUUCUCAGUGGUGUCGGGAGCCAUACGGGACCUCCACCCCGGGGAAGCGGUGUUCAGCCUGGAAAACUUUGGCCGUCUCUUCAACCAACACACGCUGAAGCUGAGGAAUUGUAAUGUCACCCCGCGGAACACAGCACAGAAAACACUACUCUGGUCCACUCCAGACCAGUUCAGCUCGCAGGUCAGUUCCGGGCUGUUCCAGAGAGCCUACAGCUCGUCCCCCUGCCCGCCCCAGGUGACCCUCUGGCUCUUUCAGAUGAUGUCGGUCCACUCAGACAUGCUGAUCUGUCAUCACGUACUGGCGGCCCUGUCGGAUAUUGCCUUCACCGCUGCUGACCACAUUGUGCUGAAUAAGGGCGAGCGGUUUGAGGUGUGGGUGCCCAGUGUGGCAGACAUAAGCCUGGUCUUCAUGAACAUGGGCGUUCCCUUCGUCACCCUGUUUCCCCUGGAAGACCUACAGCCCCCCUUCACAGAAGGAGACCUGAUAGAGGGCAUUGAGAUCAGCACAAACAGACUUUCCACUGAGGAGCACGUCCGCACUUUCCCAGAACACAACUUUGACAGCGUCAUCGAGUACCUGUUUCUGUGUACGUCGUUGUGCCCGCGGACCUAUUGCGACAGAGACCUGUUGUUACUCAUGACGGUUAUGUGCACAGUGGGAUUGGACACACAGCUCACCCUUCUGCCCAAAGAGCACCUCCGAUCCCUACUGCGCAACUUGGUCAACAGCAUUAAGGACUUGGAUAAUAUGCUGCCCAGAAUCUGCAGGUCCUUGAUUGACCUGACUGAGGAUCAUCACAACCUGCGCUGGCUUGUCCAGCUACUGCCAGACAACAUGCGUGGCAAGCAACUCAGGAGACAUCUCAGUAUGUCAGCCAUCUCCAAACUGCUGAACAACCAAUGCACUUACAAGUCCUCCAACGCAGAGUUUCAGUUGUCAGACCUGCGUCGGUACCUUCCCCGAAUGCGCCCCUCCUCACUUCUCCAUUACCUGGCCAACUCCAGGAGUGGUCAGAAUCCACACAGAGUAAAGGAGGAACAAGAGGAUGACUGUGCUUCUCUGGACCAGCAGGCCUAUUACCUCUGCUACAGUCUCCUGUCCCUGGCAAACGAAGCCACCAUCUUUGAGUUUUUCCCACAAAAGCAGAAGAGGCAGUUGUUGUUGCUGUCUGCUGAGUUGGAGAAACACAUCAAGUGUGACAUCAGGGAGAGUGAGAAGAUGCUUUACAGAAGCAAGGUCAAGGACUUUGUGGCCAGGAUCUACACCAAAUGGCAGGUGGUAGUCCACAAAAGCAGACCUCUCCAGGGGAAAUUGUAUGAAUACUGGAUACCUCUGCCUGAGGACGCAAUGAGCAGCAGCCAGGAGAACCAACAAUCCAUCAAAGAGAGCGAAGAGGAGAUGUUCAUGGAGGUGGAGGGAGAAGAGGAAGAGGAGGAGGAGGAAGAGGGAGAGGGAGGAGAAGAGGAUGCUAAAGAGGAAAAGAAAGAGAAGAUUUUAAAAAUGGACUUGGCCUUGGAGGAAGAGAAGGAGAUUCUGGAAGAGAAGUUCCUUAAGAUUGAUGACAACAAUGAUGAGGAGGAGGAGGAGGAGGAGGAGGAGGAGGAAAGGAUGGAAGUUGCGCUAGAGGAGUCAGAUGAGCAACCAAAGACUGAGGACAUGGAAGAAGAGCUGGCAGAAUUUGAGAAAGAGGAGACUGGAACAGAUAAGCCAAAAGAAGAAGUAGAGAAGAGAGGCAAACAACCAAUGGAGACCGAAGAUGGAGGCAAAAUACAGAAUGAAUCAGAGAUGGACGAGAACAGAAGAGAUCCAAGAGAGGCAGAAACUGAGACUACUGAACAGGAGGAAGAUAUGGAGAGAAAAUGUACCGAACUGAAGGAAAAACCUGAGAAGCAGAGCUAGGGGGUGAAAGAGGCUGAGAACAGCACAUAAAGUAGGGAUGAAGAUAUGGCAGGAAAAGGUGGCACAUUGUAGGCUUUAGUAAAUAGGGAGCCAUGUGGGACACUUCCUAACUGCCUGUUGUCAAUGUUCUGUGGCGAAUUAGUGAACUAUUGUGAACAUUCUUUUUUUUUUCAGGCACUUUUACACAUUUCAAAAGACGUGCAGACAGUUAACUCCUUUAACCCUUGACACUUUUUUUUUUACUCGAUUUUACUCGUCAUAUUGUUUGCACUAUCAAGUUAGGUUUUUCUCUACUCAGAACAGUUUAGUGUUGAUAUUAAAAGGUUGAUUAAUCUUUAAAAUAAAUUGUAAGAGUUUGUACAAUGUGUAUCAUUUUCAUAUUUGAACUGGAAUGUAAAGAAUAUUUUCUGCAGUCAAUAUUUCUACUUUCAAUAAAUAGAUUUUUAAGUGAAAAAAUUAAUAUAGUUUGUCAAAAAAAUUUUUUUGCAUUUCUGUAUGUUUGUGCAUAAAUGUGUGCACUGUAUCUCAACUGAAUACAGGCCCCAUUGUACAGGCCCCAUUACCACAGAGUGGAAAUAGCUUUUCAUAGGAUCAACUGUAUGCAGUGUAAUCAGUAAUCAGUAUCUUGACCAUGUCAAUAGAUGUGUGAGGGAUACCAUAAGAAGUACUGCCUAGUCGAGAUUGACCGAUAACCACUUGAUAUUUGCCCUUUUUUUGUUUAUGGCUAUCAGUCCUUUACUGUCAGUCCAGCCAGUACUCUUUUAUUUCUUUUUUUAGCAAGUGCACCAUUUCCCCUUGUAUCAAACUGCUGCUAGGGUAAGAAUGUCAUUAAUGAACCUGAGUUCAGUUUGCUUAAAGCAUAUAAGUUGUUUAUUAGAAUCGAUUAACCAUUAACUGAGCCAUGAGAUAAUUUUGGGAAUGCGGCUCCUUGCUGAAAAAGGCUUUCAUUUUGUCUACCAAAGGAACAAAUCCAUUCCUGUAAGAGUAAACUAAUUAUGUAACUUGUUCGAAGUGUGUUUUCAACUACAGCAAUUAGUCACUUACUUUUACUGGCUUAUAAAAAUCCACAUGGUGGCGCAGUUGCUGCAUGAAACCCUAGAGUACUAGUAGUUCUAAAAUAAAGGCAGACCAUGAAUACA